UUCGCCUCGCUAUACCGCAGCCGAUUUGCGAAUUGCCGUGAAAUGAUUCUUCACUUUGACGUUCGAGCAGUCGCCAAGAGGUUUUUGCAGUGUCCACUAUAUAAGCAGCGCGUUACCGAGCCACUGCCGACUGCACUGCAAAUCCAGCAUGUGUACGAGGGCAAAUCUAUCAUUGUAGAGGUACAAACGCGCGUGUGUGUGUGAGUGUGUACUGUGUGGCGUGUGCACCAUUCACGAAUUGCGGUUUGGUGAAUACUUAACUCAGUUAGCUGGAAUCGCGUAAGUUUGGCGCACAUAUCCGCCUGCCAUUCUGGCCUACAUUUGCGCUUUUAAUAUUUUUCCGACUUAUUAGUUGUGCCUAUCUCUCGAUAAUUAUAAACCAAAGUCUAUCUAACAGGACUUGGAUUUUGCGUUAUUUUUUUAUCUCCUUCAUCAAAAUAAUUGAAGCAAUUGACUCAGUGACUUUGCAUUGAAAACGCAUGGUCAAAAUAACAAUUCAGCGAAUCUCACCUCGCGACGUUGAAGGGUUAAUGAACUCCUCGGUUUAUGUCCCAAUGACAGAAUGAAAAUCCAAAGUUGAACCUCGUAAUAUAUUAAUGAUUUGAGCUAUUUUGAGAUACUUGAAUUUGAAGAUCUAAAGAAUAUAAUUCUUUUAGAGUUGAAGAACCAAAAUUAGCAUAAAAAUGCCUACUACAUUGAGUAAAUUUAUAAUUGAUGCUACAUGCAAACAAUAUGCACAUCCAUGGUCCGAUUCAUGUGUUAGUACAACAGCUGGCUUGGGACUUACUGCACUACAGGACUGUCUAAGGAUCUACUCAACUUUAUACAUCAUUGCUCUUUUGACCAAAAGAAGAAUUCCAACCCUAUCAGACAUAAAAAGAACAAUCUUGAGUAUUUUGCAAUCAACAGCUUUUCUAUCUUGGAGUGCUUUUGCUUAUUCCAUGUUCAUUUGUCUUUUUAGGAAACUUUUGGGGAAUUUCAAUGUACUAACAGUAUCUUUUGUCCCAUCAUUUUUCUCUAGUCUCACUGCUAUUAUAUUAGAGAGACCAUCUAGACGUACGCUGUUAUGUUUAUAUGUUUCUAAUAUUGCCACUGAAACAUUAUUUAGAAUGGCAGUUUCUAGAGGAUAUGUUUCUGUUAUACCUAGAGGUGAAGUCUAUAUAUUUGCUGCAGGUAUGGCAACAUUAUUGUAUUUUUUCAGAAAUCGAACCGAUAAUCAAGAUUCCAUUUUUAAAAUCAUAAAAUUGGCACUUGGUCCUAAUGAAGAAAAAGGGUAUUUACAACAAAGUUUUCCUAAACCCCCAGACUCUGCUAAAUUUUCUAGAGCACAUGACAAUAUCAGAAAAAAUAUAUCACAUUCAAGCAGUAGACAAAAUAUGAGGAAGUUUAAUUUGGUGUGGCAAGCGUUAAAAGUUUAUAAAACUCUAAUUGAUAAAAUAAAAAGUUUUGGAGGAAAACAUGCAACAUGUCCUCACACAAAUAGUUGCAUACAUUACAUUUUGUCUGGAGGUUUGAAAAUGUUCAGUACUGGCUUAUGUGUUCAAUUGGGCUUGAAACUUAUAUUCCAAAUGAAAACAAUCAUAAGAAAACCACAGCAGUUGGGAAAAAUUCUUUUCAAAAAAGAAAAUUUAAAUCUUGCUUGUUUUCUUGGAGGAUUUGCAAGUUUGUAUAAAUUGGUUUCUUGUUCUUUAAGAAGAGGUUGUAGUAAAGACUCACCUGAGUAUGCUGUAAUUGCUGGAUUGAUAGCAAGUACCUCUUUUGCCAUGUACCCUGAUAAUACUAUUGCUCUAUAUGUAUUUUGGAAAGCUCUUCAACUUCUAUGGAAUAGUGGUGUGGAGAGUGGAAAAUUACCUGAAGUUAAAUGGUUUGUUAUAUUAUUGUAUUGCUUUAGUACAGCAGUUUUAUUUCAUGCAGCAAUAGUGGAACCACAAAAUUUGAGAACUUCAUAUUGGAAAUUUUUGUACAAUCUUUCUGGCGGAAGAAUUGCUGUUAUGUCUCGAAUACCUAUUGAUGGAUUUGGUUUAGAGACAAGCAAACAAUUGAAAUUAAUCCUAGAAAAAACAAAAACCCACGACAAACAUGUUUUUCUUUUUUAGUAAGCUAAAAGUUGUUAAUAUUUUAUAACACCAAAGACAUUUAUAAAUAUGUCAACUGAUCAAGUAUAUUAAAGCACGACGGAAAUUGAACAUAAAAUUAUGAUACAUAUUUGACUAUGUUCAAUUUUAUAUAAUGUGUUUAUAAUUGAAAUAGUUAUGUUGUAUGAAAUUAAUAAUGAUUACAAUCAAGGUGCCUUUAUGAUGUGAUAGUUCAUUAAUUUUUUUGUAUUAUGGCUUUAAUGUAUUUGUUGCGUAUGAAGCAACAAAAAUUCCUUGUUAUUAUCUCUGUUACUAUAUGAUGAUAUUUUUUAAUAAGGUUUUAUUUUGUAAUAUUGUUUGUUUAUUUUGUACGUCAAGCAAUACGGUUUGUGAUAAAAUUGUAACAUUCUUUUAGUAUAAGGGAUAAUGGGGAUUUAAAAGAUAUAAAAAAUGGAG